UCAGGGAAGUGAGACGCAGGACAGCCGCUUUGCUGGAGUUUGAAACUUCUCAACAUUGUAUCAUCUUCUCUACAUAGCUGUAACUAAAGUAAUUUCAAUGACCUGAACUAAUAAUUAGUGAUAUGUUAAUAACAACAUGUCCUCCACUAAACAUUGGGGUUUUCAUACUAUUUUGUUUCAAAAUUUGGCACCUCUGUACAGUGGAUUUUUAUUUGUGCUAAUGUCCCUUUCAAAUAUUUCAGGUUUGCCAUCAUAUGAAGCUCUCCAAGGUAAUGUUGCAGAAAUUCCUUGCAACUUUACCAUGAUCUCAGAAGAAGGGAUCGCGUUAAUUUUGUGGUAUAGAGGUAAUUCUUCAACUCCAAUUUAUAUCCUUGAUGCGAGAAACGGCCUUACCAACCAGCCAAAACAUUUUCCAAGCGAUAUCCUGGGAGACAGAGCAUUUUUUGAUGUUGAUGUCAUUCCUUCCGUCCUGAGAAUUAAAGACGUUACUGAGGAAGACGGGGGAAGGUAUAGAUGUCGUGUUGAUUAUAAGCAUGAUCCAACAGAGAAUAUCUGUAUCUGGCUAGAUAUUAUUGUUCCACCUCGCGAAACAAUCAUUAUGGAUAAGUUUGGCCAGCAUCUCCACGGAUUGAUUGGUCCUUACAAUGAAGGAUAUCCGUUACUUCUUAUAUGCGAAGCAGAUGGAGGAAGACCGCCUCCAGCGUUGACAUGGAAGAAAGAAGGAAAGGUUUUAAAGGAUAAUUUUACUCUCACGCCCCAAGGUUUCUCCCGAAACGAAAUUGUGCUUCCCGAACUCCGUCGUCAAGAUUUAUUCUCUUCUCUCGUAUGUGAAGCUUCAAACAGUGACAUUGGAGCUCCAUUAUUCAGUUCAGUCACGUUAGAUUUAAACUUGAAGCCUUUAGAUGUAAAGAUCAUCACAACCAAUAGACCUGUAUCUGCUGGUCGACAGGUGGAGCUCGUAUGUGAAACAUGGGGCGCCAGGCCUCCUGCUGAAAUCACCUGGUGGAAGGGGAUGGACCGUCUAACAUUUGUUUCGGAUUUAUUAACCCCGGAUAAUAAUAAAACUGUUAGUACUGUUACAUUCACCUCGGAAGCUAAAGAUAAUUCGAAGAAUAUCACUUGCAGAGCAGAUAAUUCUCUUUUGAAGGACAGCGUUGUUUCUGAUGUUCACACUUUGGAAGUAUAUUACGUUCCACAAGUUACAGUUAGUUCACGAAAUAUAAGCAGCCUCAAUGAUUUAGUAGAAGGCAGUGAGAUAACAGUAGAUUGUAACAUUGAUGCAAAUCCACCUAAAGUUGACGUCUGGUGGCUGUUUAACGGUUCAACUAUAAACACCAAUCAAAAAUCAGACAUUAUAAUCGCCAACCAUUCGUUGACUAUUAAAAACGUUACAAAAAAUCAUAAUGGAAGGCUCCAGUGUGUAGCUGCAAACAAAGAAGGGGAAGGCUGGAGUGAAGAAAUGUCGUUGAUGGUAAACUAUCAGCCGGUAUGUAAGUCUUUGGAAUCUAAGGAAUAUGCAGUUCUCGCCGGAUCGAAAAUUAAAGUAACAUGUGAAGUUGAUGCCCAGCCUUCAGACGUUCAGUUUCGUUGGUCACUGAAUAAUAGUUUCGGACUUUUGUCUUUAAACACAUUCACUGAAAAUGGAACAACUAGUGUUGCCCUAUUCUCACCUCAAUCCGAAGUAGAAUAUGGAACAUUAUUGUGUUGGGCAAAGAAUAAAUUUGGUGAACAAAAUUAUCCCUGCAACUUUACAGUUACUCCAGGAGCUCCUCCAGAGGCGCCGAAAAACUGCCUUCUCGUAAACCAAACAAUAGAAACAUUUAUUGUUCGAUGCUCUCCUGGUAAAGACCGAGGACUAUCGCAACAUUUUCAGCUUGAAGUGUAUAACAAAAGAAACAAAAAUCUGCAGAACAAUAUUUCUGCUUCAGAUGCUCCUUUCUUUGUGGUUCAUUCCCUGCCUCCUGGAACGCCAUUUAUUCUUCGUAUUUAUUCUGCCAAUCUGAGAGGAAGAAGUCCACCAGAGACUCUGCAGGCAAGAACUCUAGAUGUAAACUACAAAUCUACCAAAAAAGGUAAAAAUACUGAAGGUUUUAGAUUUUCUCACAUAUUGGGCAUUGUCCUUGGAAUCCUUCUUGUAGUGGUGAUUCUCUUUCUACUAAUCUUUGUAUUAAGAAAACUACGAUGUGUACAUCGUUCCCAUCGAGAGCAAGAUAUACACAAUAGCCGAGUUGAAAAAGAUUUAGUGAAUUCUGAUGCCGAUGAAGAAUCUCCAAAACACGAUGUUCAACUUCUUGAUCUUAUUUCUACCAAAAAAGAUUUUUCUGGACCACCCGAUGUUACUCAUACAACAGCAAAAUGGAAUCACACAGAUUCGGGAGAUUUUCGAGUGGAUCUUAUGAAAGAUCGGCAAUCUCCAAUAACACCAGCAGAGACAGUUCGGUGGCGAGAUCAAGAAAUUGAAGAGGCUCAUAGGGCAAAAACGGAUGAUGAAUCAUCACUUUGCAUUAUUUCUGAAAGUAGUAACUCUUUGUACGAUUUAGAAGAAUGGAGACAUAAGACCUUCGGCCCUCACUUACGAACAAAAGUCUAUGAUGAAGAAAAUUGCAUAAAUUUAGAGACACCUCUCGUGAAUACCCUUACUGAAGGAGAAAUGAGUUCUCUACAGUCUUUCCGGCUUGGACAUAUAAUUUCUACAGAUGUGUGAAUGUGAUCCUUCUUGUUUCAAACCACUUCUCAUCGGUUGUUUUGCCAUAAGCUGUCAGACUGUGCCUUUUCUAUGUAGUAAGCAUUUCGUGACAACUACAAAUUUUAUAUUGCUAUCCGACACCUCGAUUUACUGGAUGGUAACUCCUUUUCAGUUAAUGACCCAAACUCCAAAUAAUAUGCUUACGUUUUAACUCUAUGUUCACCUAUAUGUAGUAAAACUUUGGACCUCCAUAUUACAUUUUGUAUUUUAUCAUUCAUAAUGUCUGUAUAAUAGUUUCCAAUAAAAUCUUGAGAGAUGUA